CGAAGGCCGUGAAACAAUGGCAGUAACGGAACUAACGUUGGAGCACACGCCAACAUGGGUUGUAGCCGUCGUCUGCAGCGUUAUCGUCGCCAUUUCUCUCGCCGUUGAAAGGAUCCUUCAUUAUACUGGAAAGUAUUUGAAGAAGAAGAAUCAGAAGCCGCUCUUUGAAGCUUUGCAAAAAGUUAAAGAAGAAUUGAUGCUUUUGGGGUUCAUUUCCCUUCUUCUAACCGUAUUCCAAGUUCGGAUAGCUAAAAUUUGUAUGCCCCCGAGUUGGGCUAAUCACAUGCUUCCUUGUGAAAAGGAAAGUACUGAUAGUACCUCUGGAGAAACCACGUCCCAUUAUCAAAGCUCCUUCUCUUCUUUCGUUUUGGGGAGUGGGAGACGGCUCCUCGCCUCGUCAACUGAUGCGGGCUAUUGCCAAAAGAAGGGGAAGGUACCACUUUUAUCUACUGAAGCAUUACAUCAUCUGCAUAUAUUUAUCUUUGUGCUAGCAAUUGUCCAUGUGACUUUCUGUGUCCUUACCAUUCUUUUUGGAGGAGCCAAGAUACGUCAAUGGAAGCGCUGGGAGGAUUCUAUUCGGAAAGAGAAAUAUGAUGCAGAUCAGGUUUUGAAACCAAAGUUCACUCAUGUCCAUCAACAUGCUUUUAUCAGAGACCAUUUCCUGGGUGUAGGAAACUUGGCAGUGCUAGGUUGGCUGCAUGCUUUCGUCAAGCAAUUUUAUGGAUCUGUGACCAAAUCAGAUUAUAUGACACUAAGGCUGGGUUUCAUUAGUACUCAUUGCAAGGGAAACCCAAAGUUUAAUUUUCACAAGUACAUGAUACGUUGCCUUGAAGCUGAUUUUAAGAAAGUAGUCGGUAUAAGUUGGUACCUUUGGAUUUUUGUGGUCAUUUUCUUGUUGGUCAAUGUUAAUGGUUGGCAUAUGUAUUUUUGGAUAGCGUUUAUUCCUUUCAUUCUCCUACUUGCUGUGGGUGCUAAGCUGGAGCAUGUAAUUACUCAGUUGGCCCAUGAAGUUGCGGAGAAACAUGCAGCCAUUGAAGGGGAUUUGGUAGUUCAACCUAAAGAUUCUCACUUCUGGUUCAGUCGACCUCGAAUUGUCCUGUUCCUAAUCCACAUUAUCCUCUUCCAAAAUUCUUUUGAACUUGCAUUCUUCUUCUGGAUAUGGGUUCAAUAUGGCUUUGACUCCUGCAUCAUGGGACAAGUUGGUUACAUUAUCCCAAGGCUCGUCAUCGGUGUUAUCAUUCAGGUGCUCUGCAGUUACAGUACCCUGCCGCUUUAUGCCAUUGUCACACAGAUGGGUAGUUCGUUUAACAAAGCUAUAUUUGAUGAUCAUAUACAAGAGGGCCUAGUUGGCUGGGCUCAGAAGGCAAGAAAGAACAAGGGGUCAAGACCUCCUGCUAAUGGUUCCAGCCAUGUGAAUUCCAAAGACGGUUCAAAGGAAGGACUUCAGUUGGGGAAGGUGACACAAAAAGAAUCUGCAAUGGAAGAGGGGAGAGCUCAGGUAGUUGAGCCUUCAUCAACUGCAGGUAAACCAAACUGAAGAGCUCCGCGAACGGCAAAUAG